UAUUAUUUAGGAUGAGAUGUGGAAAUGAAGCUAGCUCCUUCUUUCUUGUAAUGCAUCCAGCUUGCCUGAUGAUUUGUCCCCUGCAGGUGCACUUCAAAGCAACGGAUCCUUUCAAUGAACGAUGGCAGACUGCUUGGACUAUAACUGCCUUCUGGGAUGUUAUUGCAUUUGUGUUGCUAUGUAUUAUUUGCUAUCUCUGGACCCCGUCCCAGAACUCUCAGAGAUAUGCGUAUUCGGGAGAAGUGGAUGAAGAAAACGAAGAAGUUCAGUCUUUGACAGGGGGAAAGCAAGAUGGUGAUAUUAGCUUAGUCAAGCUAGAGAAGGAUAGUGGCUCGGACACGGAAGAAGAUAUUGAGGAAGAUAAGAGGGAAUGAGGCAGAAACAGGUUGGCAUCUGUGCUUUUGAUCACAAGUCCAGUGAAGUAUAGUGUCUUUUCAGCAUCAGGUCAACUUUAACACAAAGCAACCAAAACGUUUUCAUACAAGAAAUAUCCUAUCUGUAACAAAAGAAGAAGACUGCUUGUGUUUUACCCUGUGUUUGUAUUCGAGUUCUAUCUAUCCUCGUUUGUUUUCUAGUACAUAAAAUCAUCUGUUUCUCACCACAAAUAUUCAGUUUUCUCAAUCUAAGUGACGACUUUGGCUUAUUUACUAUGCAACAAUCAUUUUAUCAUUUGUGAAGAAUCUAUUUUGGUGAAGGUGUAAUAAGAUUAGGAUAAGAGAGAUAGAUUUAUUGCCUUACUUUAUCUUAUUUAUUGCCUUCUUGUGGUUAAAAUCGUAUAUUGUAUGUAAGACUUAAUUCGUCAAUACUGUCCUCACGCCAAAGUCUCUCUCUUUCAACUUUUGUCUUUCACAGCACCGCCAUUGAAGUGAGAGUAGGAAGGAAGGAGAGAGAGAGAGAGAGCUUCCUGCUUUUCACCUAUUAUGCCUCCACCCAGUCAUCACGGACCUCCUCCGGUGAGGCAUCAGCAACCUUAUUACCGGAGCUACUCCUCCUCCUCAUCAGCAUCUCUCAAGGGAUGCUGCUGCUGCCUCUUCCUCCUCCUCGCUUUCCUAGCGCUUGUGGUACUCGCGGUGGUGCUGAUCGUGAUACUAGCGGUGAAGCCGAAGAAACCGCAGUUCGAUCUGCAGCAAGUGGCAGUGAUGAACAUGGGAAUCACAUCCCCGGAUAAUCCCAACCCUAGCGUUAUGGAUCCAACCACCGCCUCCCUCUCCUUCACAAUCCGCCUGCUCUUCACCGCCGGUAACCCGAACAAAGUUGGGAUCAGGUACGGCGAGUCCAGCUUCACGGUGAUGUACAAAGGCUUGCCACUGGGGAGAGCGACGGUGCCUGGAUUCUACCAGGACGCGCAUAGCACGAGGAACGUGGAGGCGACCAUUGCUGUAGAUAGAGUGAAUCUUAUGCAAGGCAACGCGGCCGAUCUAGUCAAAGAGGCUUCGUUAAACGACCGAGUCGAGCUCACUGUUAAAGGAGACGUUAGUGCUAAGAUCCGAGUCAUGAACUUCGAUUCCCCAGGCGUUCAGGUAUCAGUGAAUUGCGGGAUAGGCAUUAGUCCGAGGAAGCAGGCUCUGAUUUACAAGCAAUGUGGCUUUGAUGGCCUCACCGUUUAAUUCCCUAAUCAUAACAUAUUUUCUUUUAAAAUUCUACUGACCACUCCCUAAAAUGUUGUGGAGUUGCGAAAAAGGUUAAACUAGUAAAGAAACGGAACAGGAUCCAUAUCAGAUUUUUUUUUCUUUCUACAAGCAAUAUUUGAAGUAGCAACAAUGUUUGUUUACCAAAGUCACUAAUCACUUCAGUAGUUUAUAAUUA